AUCUUGCCACGCAUUGGGCAGCGGUCACGUUUUUCAGCUGCUGGCCUCGCUGGCCAAUCAGAAGCGCAGAAGGCUACAAUGUGGGCGUGCGCCUGCCGCUCCAGUCGUUGACGUCAUUUAGCCUUCGCCCAAAACCACGCCUCCUCAUUGCCAAAUAUGGUGGAGCGCCUGGGCGCUGUUUCCUUGCUUUUUGUCUUUGAGCGACAUUUUUCCGGAGGAAAUGCGACAGCUCCGCCAUUUGUUGCUCUUUAAGUCAUUUUGACUGCAGUUAAGUGACAGUUUAAGACAGCUGACGCCGGUUGGUGACACCGUGGUUUGCAUGUGACGGAGGUCCGGGGGAGGAGCCUUGUGUCCCGUGUACUGUACCGUGGAACGCCGAGUGUUGGCAAGCAGCCACGUCCAGACAGACACUGGAAGGCAUCCGCCCCACAAGCAGGCUGCCUUACCGGGGAACCAGCGAGAUGUUCUGACUCCUAUUGUUCUCCGACUCUUCGGAACGUGACCGAGUGGGAAAGUACGCUGUUUAUUUUUUACAUUUACGGAGUGUCGUGUUGCAUUUUAUACCUUUUUAAUGACAGUCGAUGCUAAAGGCUAACAUUAGCUUUGUGUGCGUCGUCAAGUUAGCGCCUCGCUAGCCAAGUCCUAACCGAAAGUGUUCAUUUGUCCACAUUUUGGAUUUAUUCCAACCAUAUUCUUACCGUUAAAACACCCGUUUUAAUCCAAUACGCGUCUAUAGCGUGUUCAUAUUCGAGUCUGAACACAUGUAAAUAGUCUGCUAGCUAAAACUACUGCCAGUUUUAACAGCUACUCUGAGGACUUGCUGUUUUCAUUCAUUUCACUUUAUAAAUAAUACAGAGCAGAAAGUGAUUAAGAUGUAAACAUCCACGCACCUGGUGGAGAGAAUGAUUUAAAAACCACAAUUUAAGCAAAGAACAAUCUGCAGCACAUUAAAGUUCCACAUUUUUUUCUGUAAUAUGACAUCCGGAGAAAAUGUUAUUUAAAAUGUCACUUUUAUAUCAAUAUGCGGAGUAAAUCUGGAAUGGACUUUGAAGAAAUGGUGCCAUCACAUACAAGGUAUAUGACAAAAGAAGACUGUUUAGAAUCAUAUUCUCUGGAAUCAUUUAUUUGUUCAUUCGUUUCUUUCCAUAUUAAAAACAGGAAGUGAACAAAGUAACAAUAAUUGCUGGGAUGAAAUAAGCUAUGUCAUUUUAAAAUACAAAAAAUAAAAUAUGUAAAUUAAAUAAGCUGUGCUUUGUCCUGCUCCUUUUGGGACAUGUAGAAUCACGUGAUGUUCCUUAACGCAAACUUAUCAAGCGCCUCCUUUUGGGCACAGUCCAUGUGAGUGAGUGCCCAUCUACUGGAUGUUUGUCUAUCCCUUUCCAGAUGUACCCUCUCUGAUAAUGCUGAUGAUCCGAGAGUGCCAAGCGCCGCAUCCACAGCCGCAGCAGCAAGAGGAGACGAUGAGCACCAAGAGGAAGGCCGACAGUGACUCCAAGGCCGCCAGCCGGCCACGCAUCAUGAAGUCUCACGGGAACUCGCGAGCCGACUCUGAGAGGGACUCAGGAUUCUCAGAUGCAAGCUCGGAGCACAUGAGCACCAUGGACACCACUGAUUCCGAGGACUCGCCACGCCCUUUUGUGCAGCCGGGCCCCCCGACGUCCGCUUCUGGGCCGCUGGCUAUGGUGAGGGGGUCCUACUCCAGCAUUUCCCCCAUGAUCAUCAUGAACAACGUGCUCUUAAAGCAGCCUGGAGACAACCCCCCAGCUAUGAAGCCCUGGGGCUUCAGGCCCGCCGUGGAGGUGGUUCAGCCGGUGGUCCAGCAGCCCCAGGUGGUCUUCCUCCAGCCCGUUGUCUCCCGUCAAGCUUCCCCGGCCACCAAGGAGGCCUCCCGACACAGGCGUCCCAAGAAGUAUCUUCCCAUCCUCAAGUCCUACCCCAAAAUCGCGCCGUAUCCCGGAGACAGCUCCAGCUCUGGGAGGGGAACCGCAUCCUCCGUGUCAUCAUCUUCGGGGUCGGAGAGGGGCAGUGCCUCAGCUUCCGGUCACCGUGACCACUGCCAGCGAGAGAAGCAGCAGAAAAGCCAAAGCGGUCGCUCUGGUAACUCAGGUCAUCUUUCCGGGACCCCAAACUCAACUCUGCCACUGAGUCGACUCCCUCAAACUUCAAACCGCAGCGAGACGCCUUCGCCAGCUGUCAGCCGGUCGGAUUUCACGCCCUCGCCCUCUCUCUCCAAUAACCUGGCGACCCUUGACCCCAGAGAGGACACCUCCCCAGCGGAGCAGAAGCAUGAGGACAGUGGCGGUGACGACGACACCAGGAGGAAGCGCUUCUGCAACACCUACAACAUCCUCAGCAAGUCAGGCCUUCUGGACAUCACGCUGCGCACCAAGGAGCUGCUCCGGCAGAACCGCCGCACCCAGACGGACCUGGACCGACUCCGAGAGCACACGGACCUCUUCCUGCAGGCCGUGCGCAGCGGCGACGCCGGCAUUUGCGUCAAGCUGCACUCCAGCCUCCAGGAGGAGGAGGAGGGGGGCGACAAGGAGAGGGAGCGGGCGGCCGUGACCGGCUCAAAGGCCGAUUAGACUCGGACCGCACGGUAAAUCCUCCUGACUGACACGGCGAGAGGAAGGCCAAGCUCGUUUGCAAGGAUGAGUAGAAGGAGGGAGUGGGGGGUGGUGAGCACAGACAGAUGGACCGAGAGUAAUGUGGCCCACAUUCCACACCCACUACUUCACACAGUUGGCACUGGCCUACAUUUGGCUGCCACCUGCCCUCGGGGUGGGGGGGGCGACCUCUACUUUUUUUUAUUACUGCGUUGUUAUUCUUCACAAUAAUAAUAAUGAUCAUACUUCUCUCUACCCCUGUCACACAACAAAACACUUUUCAUGUUACACACCAAAAUACACUUUGAUUUCAACCUACAUAGCCUACAUUCUGGCCAGGGGCCUCAAACCUGGCGACCGCAUUCAUAAAUACUCUAUUUCCUCAAACAGUGGCUGCAUAGUGUACCAGGAAUUUUCAUCAUAUAUCUAUGAAUAAUACAUCUAUUUUAGGCGCGCACGAUGUUUAUCGUGCCAAUUUGAGGGAAUUAUGACAUCAUUUGAUAAAUCCAAUAGCUCCAAAAAAUUGUUUUUAAACGGUCCAUUGAGGCGAGAUUACCUGUAACAUGCAGGCGAGCAAAUGAAGCGCUCCUUUUUUCUCCUGCCGGUGACAUUAAUUGCCUGUUGUAACUUCACCUGGGCUCACUUGUAAGGACACAUGAGGCGGGGGAGAGAACCCCCAUGUAGCACACAAAAAAACCUUAUCAGCCAAGACAUUUAGCGUGCUAGUUGUACCAAAUUCUCCUCAAAAAUCCUUAUCAGCCACCUGAAAGGCCAGCGCUGCAGCCUCUGAAAAGUGCAAAAGGUUUGCCAGAGACCUCCGUGGCGUGACGCCGGCUUCUCGGAGUGUGUGCCUGAAUACAGUGGACCUUGCUCUGCUCUAGACUCUGGUUCUCCUGAUAGUAGUGAUGUGCUAGUAAUGUCACCAUAUUUCAUUAGGACAAAUCAACAGGUGCAGUUGGUCAAAUCCUCAUUUGUUCCAGUCCUUCUUACCUCCAGGUGUGCACAAACUACACUUACAUGUAAAUUUCACAAAGUAGAUGUGAAAUGUCUGUUAUCGGUCUUGAGAAGCAGAAAGUUAUUGGUAUCGGUUUGAAACAAAAGAUAUCGUGCAUCUUUAAUCUAUUUGAAUAAAUAUAUAUGUAUAUUUUUUAUACAAAUAUGGAUAAUCAUAGUAAUAUGUGUCAGAAUAGAAGUACUAUAAUAAGUAUACUUGGUAUACUUUUUUUGCUUUGGUUCAUCUUUUAUUAUCUUGAAAGGAGCUAUCCAAGUCCAAAACAUAAUUAGUAGUAUUUCUUACAACAUAUUUGCCUUUUUGUUGCGUCUUUGUUGAAAGUUUUUGCAGCUUCUGUUCCACUCUUUGCUUCGGUUUCUCGUUAAACUCCCUCCGCUAAAAAAUGUCAGCUUUACAGAUGCCACGCCUAGCACGUCACACGGUGGUAUCAAAAGUGAUAGUAAAGUAGAUAACUAGUAUGGGGUGAAAGCAUUAAGAUGCAUUAAAUUGCUGAAUAAAAACCCAGCAAUGAGCUGAGAUACGGCGGAGGCCACACUUUGAGGAAAUGCAGUACUUGUGUUUGGCCUUUGGGGGCUCCACACGCCAAAAGCCACGUAUUUUGACACGCGAUUGGAACUCGAAAACUUGUGAGGCCGCAGUGCAUCCCACUUAUCCGGUGCGCUGCCCUCAUUUCACACAAGAAGCUCAGUUUCACUGGAAAGGUCAGGUCGUGACCGGGGCGUCGUCGGCAUGCGAGUGUCACGGCCACCAAGGGUUCAAACGAGGUCUUUACAGCACGCAGAAAAUUCCAGAGGAGUUGAAGCGGAGUUGGCCUAGGUGUCUGCUUCACACUGAUCAUGUGACAUAACCGCACCUGGAACUUUUUUUCUGAGUGGUUGUGUUGGGGUUUUUUUAGCACACAAGUGUCUUUUUGUUGUUUUUUUUUUUUAUUCAUCAUUUCCUGCACAGGCUAGCAGUCGUUAGCUUCCCCCAAGCGUGGCUGGCAGCUGCCACAAACCAACUUCCUGUUAGCGCAGCAGCUCUUUUAUCAUGGUUUGCUUUUAAUAGCAAGAGCUUGUUUUUAAUGAACAGCCUUCAAGGAAAAGUGCACUUUGUGGGAAUUUUGCCCAUCAUUUACAAUCCUUAUGUGAGACAUGAACACAACGUCUUCUAAAGUUAUCCAUCCAUCCAUCCAUCUUCCUCCGCUUAUCCGGGUCACGAGGGCAGCAGUCUCAGUGUGGAAGCCCAGACUUCCUGGUGCCCGGCCAUCUCCUCCAGCUCCACCUGGAAGACCCCAGGUGCUCCCAGGCCAGCUGUGAGACAUAAUUCUGUCCAUGAAAAUUAUGAACAGAAUCGGUGACAAAGGGCAGCCUUGGCGGAGGCCAACAUUCACCGGAAACAGGCUUGACCUACUGCUGGCAAUGCCAACCAGGCUCCUUCUCCGGUUGUACAAGGACCGAAUGGCACGUAGUAGCACGCCACCAAUCACGUACUCCCGGUGCACCCCCCACAGGACACCACGAGGGACACGGUCAAAUUCCUUUUCCAGGUCCACAAAGCACAUGUAGACCGGUUGGGCAAACUCCCAAGUACCCUCCAGUACCCUUGCAAGGGUGUAGAGCUGGUCCAGUGUGGACGAAAACCACAUUGCACCUCCUGUAGCCGAGGUUGUACCCUUCUCUCCAGCACCCUGGAAUAGACUUUCCCAGGGAGGCUGAGGAGUGUGAUCACCCUAUAGUUGCAACGCACCCUCCGGUCACCCUUCUUGAGAAGGGGGACCACCACCCUGGUCUGCUAAUCCAGAGGUACUGUUCCUGACUUCAACGCAAUGUUGAAAAGACAUGUCACCCAAGACAGUCCCUCUACAUCCAGAGCCUUGAGGAAUUCAGGGCGAAACUCGUCCACCCACGGUGCUUUGCCACUGGGGAGCAUUUUGACUACCCCAGAUACCUCAGCCACGGUGAUGGAACUGUCCUCGUUUGUGUCCUCAGACUCGGCUUCCUCUAUGGAAGGUAUGUCAGUGGGAUUGAGAAGGGCCUCAAAGUAUUCCUUCCACCGUCAGCAGGCCCUGCUUCCCCUUUAUGAGGCGCUGGAUGGUUUUAUAUCUAAAGAUAUAAAAGCAGGUAAAAAAUGCACGUAAUGGGAUGCACCUUUUCCGCCUUGAAAAGUUGCUAUUAAAACACCUCCAAAAAGCUCCAAGGUUUUGUGGUUUUCUAUCCAUGCGGUGAGCAUGUAGUAACAGGUACAUUCAUGAUAACAUGUCAUACUUUUAGUAUUGUGGGAACUUCCUUCCUGGGUGCAUUGAUUUCACAUAGCAACAUAGAAAGGAACGCUAUACAUAGCGUUAAAACCAAAAACACAGCAGCAGUUACGGCAGCUUUAAUAUGUAGCAUUACCUUUGGCAAGUGGCCUGAGGCAUUGUAGUAGCUAGCUGGUGUGGUGAGGUGUCACUACACCAGUAACGCAGUUCUUUGGCGUAACAAUGCCAAUAAUAAUAACAAUGUGGUUUUAUCAUGCUGCUCACAUUAUGGAAAUGGAGCCUUGUUGGCGCUUUUUGGAGUUUUUUUCUGAAGGCUUUGUAGGUGCGUCCCAUUGCGCGCCUUAAUUAGCUGCCUCUUUUUAGCUGUUUUUAUAUCUUUAAAAGGCACAGAAAAGAGGAUGUGUUCAUGUCUCACGUAAGAAUUCUGGAUGAUGGGCAAAAUAGGAAAAAAAAGUGCACUUUUCAAGCGUUGAAGCCCUUAAGCAGCAUCCCAAAGGCAGCUAUAUAGUUGACAUCAUUCAAACGAACGUGGUGGAUUUGGAUUUUAAUAUCUUCUAGUAAAGAAAAAGGAUUCUGGUAAAUAUAUAAUGCUCAUAUUUGGACACAAACAGAUUUUAAAAAAUGGUUGAAUCCUAUCAAUUAUUGUGUGCUGUUGUCUUUUCCUUUUUAUACAUCUUCCUUUUCAUUUUCAACGUGACAGCCAGGCUGGUGGAAUCAAGUCUUAAAUGAUGGUAACCAGUUCUGUUCCUCCUCGACAAAACUAGGCCAUCUGUUUGUCACGGCUUCACUCAUUUCCAGCUGGGAAAAAAAAGACAUUUUUUAACCUCCGUGCUUCUGUUUGACUGAUUUACGCCCUUAUCUGCUACUUACCACUUUCAACAGAACACGCUCGCACAAUCAGCAGCUUUCCAACUGAUUCAGGGGCCGUUGUUUGUCUAAUCAACCCCCGGGCUCAGAUAGUGUUGCCCUUUUUUGUCCUCUAUCGCUUAUUUGCAUAGCAGCCUUUGUGCAAUCUUUUUUCUCUUUUUUCGGAGGCUGUUGGGAGUCAACUCGACACCUUACAUGUGUGACCCGAGAAAAUGAGCGGUCAAGUACAGCAAGUCAUUGUACGAGUCACGCGUCCUCCCUCAGGCUUUUAAGGGAGGGCCUUCGUGAGACGGCUGAGGCCAGACCGCUUGGCACGUCUUUGAUUCGGAUGAAACAAAAGUGCAUUUGUGCCCUUUUUGCAGCAGCUUUCUUCUUCAGAAACUGUUUACGGUCCCUCACAUUUAAUAAAAUAAAAUAAAAAAACGCUUUACUGCCACUGGCGAUCAGUUGUAAGAAACGGUUGCACAGUGUGCAGGCGAGGUCAAAUUGACGUGUAUUAAAACUGAAGAAGCGCAGCAGUGUUUUUUGGUGUGUACAGCAGAGACAGGGUGCUUGUGUUUCAAUCUGACACACACAAUCAUUGACUCAUUUUGCAGACUGAAUGUAUGCUAGCAUUCUAUUUUAUAACUAUUCCAACUUCUGGGAUCAAUACAAGUAGAAUCACUUUAUUUUCUUUUGUGUGCGUGUGUGUGAGGUGAUUUGGAGCGGUUUUGUAUUUUUCAUUUCAUUGCUUAUGUAUUAAA